AUGUAUCGGUAUGCCGAGGGGCUCGCUCAUGCCCUCUCACGGGCCCGUAAAGACACUUCUCGACGUCCCGUUAUCUUUGUUGCACAUGAUCUGGGAGGAAUGAUCCUAAAAUGGGCACUCGUCAUCUGCCACAAUCAGAGUCUAGAUUCAAAGUGCAAUCUCCGAGAUAUUCUAGUGUCCACACAUGGCAUCUUAUUCUUCGGAACACCACAUUUUGGUGUGGAUGACACUUUUCUCGCAAGGCUCAAGCGCUCGGCACCCUGGGGCAUCAAAACGACCGAAGUUAUCACAAAGAAUCUUGAGGAACAUUCCUCCGAACUCGAAAACCUACAAAGUUUGUACGUCGAGGUGAGUAAGAAGAUAAGCAGCGUAUUCUUCUGCGAGGAUUACGCACCCCUCACGAAUGAGAAGCGACCACGAAUGAACGUUCCAUAUCGCUCGGCGAGCAUCCCCGGUGACCGCAAUGCCACAACGAUUGUCCUCUCUUGCGACCAUCAGAAUCUCGUUAAAUUUUCAGAUCCAACUAUUGACAGCUAUAAAACGGUUCUCUAUUAUCUCGACGACUGGUGCAAGUGUGCACCUGGAACUGUGAACGACAACUGGAUUCUAGAAGAUAAAUUGCGUGGCCCCCGAAAGGAGGACAUCACCCAUCAGGUUGCUAAGAGUCUCCAAGUCGACAAAUCUCUCAUAUUUCAAUUGCCAAUAGUGGACUCGGAAGCCUUCUCUGUCCAUCGCACAUGCCUCCAAGGAACUCGGGAGGCUGUCCUUCAACGGAUCCAAGACUGGGCUAAUACGGAGGCGUCAAAGAAACCUAUAUUUUGGCUAUGUGACAUAGCUGGGUCCGGCAAAUCGACCGUCGCAAUGUCGGCGCUGGAAGCGUGGAAGAGGGAAGGAACAUUAGGCGGCUAUUUCUUCUUUUCGAUGACAAGUAACGAAAGGUCAACUAUUGACAAGCUCUGCCCUACCAUUGCGAGACAUCUCGUCCAGCAUAUCUGGAACAUUGCGCCGUAUAUCGCAGAGGUCGUAGAACGAAACCCUGCGAUCAUGCAUAGGCCAUUUGAUGAACAAUUCCGUGUGCUCAUCACUGGUCCACUGAAACGUCUGGGAAGGCGGAUAAUGCUUGUCAUUGAUGCUAUCGACGAAUGCAAAUCCGAAUCACAACGAAAAGACCUACUCGAUACACUGGCCAAGGCGACUCAAGAGAGCGUAGACCUCAAGAUAUUCAUAACAAGUCGGCCGGACCCCGUCAUCCAAGCAGUUCUGGAAUCACUCUCGAUCAAAACUAAGUUAGAGGACCGCCUGCACGAUGUCAAUCACCACGACAAUAUAAAUGACAUCGCGGUCUAUGUACAUCAAUCGCUUGGUGGUGUACUGUCAGAAGACCAGAGAAAUCGGCUGAUCGAGAAGGCCAACGGGUUGUUCAUUUGGGCAAGCACCGCAUGUCGAAUGCUCAAUAGCAAGACCACCUUGAGGUCUCCCCAGGGUGUGUAUAAAUGUCUCCUCUCCAUCGGCGGGGUCAUAGACGAUCUAUACACCCUGACGCUCGAGCGCACAGACCCCGAAGACUGCGGUCAUAAUCUAGACGACAUUCUCAUUCAUGCCGGAGUAGACGGGAGUGCCAAGCCAUUAGUCAAGGCACUUAGUAGUGUUCUUAGCGAAGAUGAGGCUACAAAUCUGAUUCAAUUUCGGCACCCCACCUUCGUGGAGUUCCUUCGACGCUGCUCCAUCACCCCACCUAUCGAUAGCCAUAACAAGAUAUACAUCAAUAUCGCCAAUGCGUAUGGUCAGGCCGCAUCGUGGUGUUUCAAAUGCCUCAAGUCGCCGACCGAAGGUCUGAAGUUCAACAUAUGUCAAAUCCAAUCCUGUUUCUAUCUAAACAGGGAGGUCCCGAACUUUGAUGCCAAAGUAUCGAGGUUCAUUUCAAGAAGACUUCGAUAUGCCAGCUCUCAUUGGUUGUUCCACAUUGUGGAAACUGACAACAACUGGCGAUCUAAACUCAAGGAUGAACUUCGACACAUUAUUCGAAUUCUAUACAUUCUAUACUGGAUGGAAAUUCUGAGCUUCACCGGAGGGGUGCCUAGAGCACUGGCUGGAUCUCAAGCUGUUACCAUUAUUCCGCGGCUCGAAGAAGACACUAGAAGGAGGAUGAAUGAAGUUCGGCAGUUUAUCAUCGCAUUUUCGGUACCGAUCCAAGACAGCGCACCACGCAUCUAUAUCUCUGCACUUUCAUUUACUCCCACGAGGUCACGAAUUCAUAUUAAGAGGGCAGGGAAAUACCGUAAUAGCCUCACUGUAAGGCGAGGGCUCGAAGGGAUGUAUCCAGGAAUACCGAGAACACUUCGAGGUCACGAAGGUCCAGUAUUAACCGCAGGAUUCUCGCCAGAUGGCUUGCAAAUGAUCUCUGGCUCAAGCGACCGCACAAUUCGAUUGUGGGAUGUAGCCACUGGACAGCCGUUGGGAGAGCCACUUCGAGGCCACAAGAACCUGGUCAACACCGUCGCAUUCUCGCCAGAUGGCUCACGCAUCGUCUCUGGCUCAAGCGACCACACGAUUCGACUAUGGGAUACAGUCACUGGACGGGCGUUGGGAAAGCCACUUCGAGGUCACAACGACUGGGUCAGUACCGUCGGGUUCUCGCCAGAUGGAACGCGAAUCGUCUCUGGCUCCGGUGACCACACGAUUCGACUAUGA